AUGGAUGUGUGCCAAAUCCUACUUGGCAAGCCUUGGCAGUAUGAUAGGCAAGUCCAACAUGAUGGACAAAACAAUGUUUAUGUCAUCGAGAAAGGGGGAGUAUCUUAUACCCUUAACCCAUUGAAGCAAUAUGUGAGUGCAUCUCAUGAAGGACCUAGUGUAGUGGUGGUGAAGGAGAAGGAGUUUAUAAAGAAAUUGGAAGAAGGGGAGUUUGGAUACACCAUUGUGGGGAAACCAAUCUCAGAAGCAAUAGAUAAUGACAACAAGGAAGUCCCUAAAGAGGUGCAGACCCUACUUGAUAAGUAUGAAGGUAUAGUAGUGAAGGAGUUGCCUGAUUCCUUGCCUCCCAUCUGUGAUGUGAGUCAUCAUAUUGACCUAAUCCUUGGUGCAAGUCUUCCCAAUAAGGCAACAUACAAAAUGACACCUCAACAAAAUGAGGAGAUCAAGAAGCGGGUCCAAGAAUUUCUUGAUAAGGGCUUGGUAGAUGAACUCUCUGAGAAAUCUGAUGGAACCAAUAGAUCUGAACUUGAGAAUGAUGAAGAAAAACUUGUGUUCAUUGAACCAGAGGCACAAAAGAAUGAUAAAAAGAAUGAACCAGAAAGAGGUGCUCAAUCGGUAAAUGAAGAAAGCGAUGAAGAACAACAACAAGAAGGCACAACACUGGAACCAUUGGAAUACCUCGAUCUCAGUGAAAACCUAUUCAAUGGUAAUUUCACUCUACCCUAUUAUGGAAAGUUGAAGAGUCUCACUUUUCUUGACUUGUCAUUUGCUGGUUAUGUAAAUGAUUUUUUUGUGAAUUUGGAAAGCUUAUCAAAUCUGGUGAGCUUGGAAUUCCUCUCUCUUGAUGGAGUGAACAUCUCUGUGAAUAAAAGGUGGGGUGAAGCUGUUGGCAGUCUAUCUAACCUUCAACAACUCCACAUGUUUUCCUGUGGGCUUCGAGGAACAAUUCCCAAUUCCCUUCUCAAUCUUACCACUCUCCUCCAUCUCAACCUUUCUUCCAACUAUUUGUCAGGGCAAAUACCAGCUUGGUUUGUAAAUGUGACAGUCCACCUGAUCUCACUUGAUCUCUCUAAGAAUGAGAAUCUAGGAGGAGACAUUUCUUUCAUUGGACAAAAAGGGUCUUAUCCGUCAUUAACCACCAUUGAUCUUUCACAUACAGCUGUGAAGGGCCACAUUCCAUCUGCUAUAGGGAAUAUCUCAUCCUUGGAGAGUCUUGCUCUAAAAUAUACGAACAUUGAAGGUGAGAUUCCUCUCUCCAUAGUCAAUCUCUCCAACCUUGUUCACUUGGAUCUGUUCCAUAACAAGUUAACAGGGAUAAUCCCACCUUCGUUGGGAUCACUUUCUUCCCUUUCUUACCUUGAUCUUGGUUACAACCUACUGAAUGGUGCAUUUCCGUCCACAGUUUCAGAUCUUGUUAACCUGAGAAUCCUUUAUCUAGACUCCAUCAAUUUAACAGGCUCCAUUUCCUUUUCUCUAUUCGAUAAUCUCACUAGACUUGAAUUCCUGGUUCUUUCUUUCAAUCACUUAAGUGUGAGCAUUGAUUCAACAUGGAUUGCACCGUUCGAGAAGCUCAGCUUUUUAGGACUAGGUUCCUGCAGAUUAGAUAGAGUUCCACCCUUUCUUGCGAAGCAAUAUGACUUGGAACAGCUGGACCUAUCCCUUAACAGUGUGAAAAAUAUUCCAUCCUGGAUAUGGAAAUUACCCAAUCUUGAUAAAUUGAACCUUAGUUGUAAUCAAUUAACAGGGUCACUACCAUCUAGCUUAACAUCCACUGCUUUUUUGUAUCUAGAUUUGCACAAUAACAGCUUACAAGGUGCUCUUCCUGUUCCUCCUGCUGGUGUUAAAGUGCUGGACCUGUCGAUGAAUCAGUUCAAUGGUUCUAUUCCUACUGAUAUUGGUGAACAUCUUCAACAUGCUUUGUUCUUUUCUUUGUCGAGAAACAAUCUCAGCGCAGCCAUUCCAGAUUCCGUCUGCACUUCAUCUUUGCAGGUUCUUGGGCUUUCAAAUAAUAUGCUAAGCGGUAUGAUUCCUCCUCAUUUAACCAGGAAUUGCUCUUUUCUCAGAGUUUUAGAUCUGGCGGAAAAUCAUCUCGAAGGUAAAAUUCCAGCAGAAUGGGGAAAUCUUAAAGAGAUUAAUACAUUGAAGCUUGCAGGUAAUCAGUUGAGAGGAGUUAUUCCCUCAUCCAUGCUAAAAUGUCAAUCUCUGCAAGUAUUGGAUUUGGGAAAUAAUAAUUUGGAAGGUACAAUCCCCCACUGGAUUGGAAACCUAUCACAACUGCAUGUCUUGAUAUUGAGAUCCAAUAAAUUUCAAGGUAGUAUUCCACCCCAGGUCAUUGACCUUCCGAAUCUACAAAUUCUGGACCUUUCUAGCAACCAUCUUUCAGGACCCAUUCCAAACAACCUCACAAACUUGCUUGCAAUAGUCAAUGCAUCACAGAGUAAUCCAAAUCAUAUGGAACAACACACUUCAGAGAAAACUGUAUUUACAAUAAAUACGGUAUAUACAAAUAACAUUGCAAUUUCAUGGAAAGGUGGGCAUGCUGAGUUUCUGAAAGUUCUUUUCAUUCUUAAAUGUAUUGAUCUUUCAAACAACAAUUUAUCGGGGAGCAUUCCUCUCAAAAUGGGAUCCCUUCAAGGCUUGAUAACCCUUAAUCUUUCUAAGAAUCAUCUCAGUGGUCGAAUUCCAAAAACAUUAGGGGGCAUGGAUCAGCUAGAGUCUCUGGACCUCUCGCUAAACAGGUUGCAUGGUGAAAUUCCGUUAGAACUUCAGCUGCUGAGUUAUUUACAGUUCUUGAAUCUGUCUUACAAUAUGCUAGAUGGAAAAGUACCCCGUGGAGGGCAGUUUCUAACUUUUGGGGAGUCAUCCUACAUAGGCAAUCCUAAGCUAAGUGGAAUUCCUUUUAGCAACACAACAGUCUGCAACAACUCUUCUGGCUAUGACAACUGCACAAGCAUUGAUACAGGUGGUGAAGCAGAUAAUUCAGAUGCCGAUAUGAUAGGAUGGGCAGUCGGACUUGGAUUGGGUUCUAGUUUGGGAUUUUCUAUUGUGAUUGGAAUAUUAACUUUCAAAAAGAGGAUGAGAAAGAGAGCCUUCAAUUUGUAUGAUUCUAUAAUUUUAGCUGUUGAUCGAUGUAUGAGAGGGAAUAGAUGA